GACUGUUGUUACUCCUUCCCCUCCACCUCCUCUCUCUCUUUCUCUAGCAACCAUGGGGGGAACUAAGAAGCCCUCACACCCGAAGUACAGCACUAUGGUCCGCGCGGCCAUAGGAGUCAUGAGAGAGCGCUUGGGUUCGUCGCGCCAGGCUAUCCAGAAGUACAUCCUCACCACUUACAGCGUGAAGGACGAGAAGAAGACUUAUACUCACAUCAAGAUAGCGUUGAAGAAAGGCGUCGACAGCGGUUGCCUGACGCAGAUUAGAGGAAGCGGGGCCUCCGGGUCGUUCAAACUUGCCGAUGACCGAAAAGGAUCCGAGAACAAGAGAAGACCUUUGAGUACCGAUGAAGCCUCGAGUCUGUGUUCGAGGAAGACAAAAACUCACGGUUACGCCUGCAAGAAAACGUUCGUGAAGGUGCCUGUUGCCGGGAAUCCAGCGGGCGGGAGACAGACCGGCCAAAGGUAUCUCUCCAAGACGGAGACUGAGGAGAGAUCAAGAAUGAGGGCUUUCAUCGCUAAAGAAUCUGUGAAGAAAGCAAAACCAUCUAAGAAGAUAAGUGCCAAGAAAUCAGUGGCAAAGGUAAAAGCUGAUAGCAAGAUAAGUGUCAAGAAAUCAUAUGUAAAAGCAAAUACUGCUAACAAGAUAAGUGUUAAACAAUCUAACAAGAUCAGUGUUAAGAGAUCUAACAAUAUAACUGUCAAGAAGUCAUUAACAAAAGCAAAAGCCGCUGACAAAAUAACUGCCAAGAAAUCUAUCAACAAAGUGCCAAACGAAGGGAAAGCGCAUAUCCAAAGAUAUACACUGAAGAAAGCUGCCAAAUUCUUAGGACGCGAGACGGCGAAAAUGGUCAAGAAAACAGCCGUUAUUGUUAGGAAUAAAAUAAAUAAAUAA